GAGAGAACGGCGAGAAAAUCUAGAGAGAGAGAGAGAGAGAGAGUAUGUAUAAAAAAAGAAAAAUUUAGUUUGGAGCGAGAAACAAAAAAAAAAAAUAGAGAGAGAAAGAGAGUUUUCCCUCAUUUUAGAGAGAGCAAAUUUUGGGAGAGAGAGAGAGAGAGAGAGGAGCAAUUUAAGCUCACACGAAGGUUGAUUCUCAGAGACUCAUUUCAACGAUUUUUUUCUUCGGAUCAUAGAGAGAGAAAGUAGAGAGAGAAACAGGAUUCUUAGGAGUUCGCGUUUGAUUGUACCGCCGAUUGAUCGUUGUGGCGGCGAUGGCCGAGCGGAGAGAACGUACUGUGGAGGAGUUGUACAAUGCGACCGAGUCGAUUGCCGAAGCGGAGAUAUCACCAGUCUUGAGAGGGAGUUAUCGGAUGCAAGGGCCUGUAGAUGAGAAAGAUCAUGAUAUUGAAAAGAACAUGGCAUCUUCUCGACCUGAAACAAAAUUUGGGAAGUGUACCAUGAGUAAGAGGGGUCAUAUGAGAGGGGAGUCUGGGACUUGUAAUGUGUGCUUCGCUCCUUGCUCAUCUUGUCUGCAUCUGAACCGAGCUCUGAUGGGGUCAAAGGCUGAGGAGUUUUCUGAUGAAAGCUGUCGAGUAAAUGCUACUAGUCAGUAUUCUCUUAAUGAGAGUGGUCCCUUAUCUUCUAUGAAGAGUAGAGCAUCUGAUUGCUUACAGCAUACCACCAGUGAAACCAGUAACAUACUCAGUGUUAAUUCCGGUCAUGAUUCUUUCUGUGAAAAUGCUGAUAGUAAAGCAACCUUAAGGUCUUCUGUGAUAUCUGAUGCCUCAGAAGAUCUUGAGAUGCUUCCAAAGCUGGCUUCUGGAGGAAGUAGCUCAGAUGAUCAAAUUUCAUCCAAAGCACAGUGUGUUUUGGAUAAGAGAAUCUUCUCAAAUAAGUAUGAGGAAAUUAAAUCAGAAGAAGGUCAUGAUGAUAACAUUUCAUGUGUGAGUGGAGCGAAUGAUGUGAAUGUAGCAAUUAGUAAUCACAACAGGAAUAUCAGUAGUAAAGCUUUAGUUGGUACUUUAGGUCCAGAGGGAUCAUGCAAGGCAACUCAAUUCAACAAGUUUGGCUCAUUAGAGUUCCCUAUUUCAAAAGAUGCAGAUGGUAGCAGUAUUACACCGAAGGAUAAAGUUCUGGAGUGCUCUACGGAAGAUACCAAUUUGUCAUUAAUUAAAGAGGCAGCGUCCAACAUUGUUUCUGUCCAGAAAUCUUUUGCAAAUAAAGGUGGCCUUAUUUGUGGCAGUUCUGAGGUUUCCAUGAAAAAAUUUCCAAAGUCCGAAGCAGAGACUGAGAUGGAUAGUGCGGACUCACCAAAAGAAACUUUGAAAACUUUAGGCAAGGAUGAGCACAAUGUCAGGUCCUUGGAAUUGGUUAAGUUACCUGACAUGCAUGAGCCUCCUUUGCAAUCUGUUUCUGGGGAUGGAAGUGAUGGGUCCGACAUUGUGGAGCAAGAUGUAAAAGUAUGUGAUAUUUGUGGGGAUGAAGGUCGUGAGAAUUUACUUGCGAUAUGUAGUAGGUGCAGUGAUGGUGCAGAGCACACCUAUUGCAUGCGAGAAAUGCUCCAAAAACUUCCUGAAGGUGAUUGGCUGUGUGAAGAAUGCAAGUCUGCCGAGGAAUCUGAAAAUCAGAAGCAAGGUUCAGAAGUUGAGGGAAAACAAACAAACAAAGUCAUUUCAAGUACACAUAUUUCUGGCAAGAGGCAUGCAGAGAAUAUGGAAGUGGCUUCAGCAAAGCCCUCAAGCCCCAGCAGAAUAGUUAUAGGAUCACCAAAGCCCUCGAGUCCCAGCAGAAUAGUUACAGGAUCACCAAAGCCCUCAAGUCCCAGCAGAAUAGUUACAGGAUCACCAAAGCCAUCAAGUCCCAGCAGAGUAGUUGAACUAUCUCGAACUUCGUCAUCCAAGAGCUUAGAUAAGGGAAAAGUAAAGUCUGCUGAUCAAACAUCUUUUUCCAAUCACUCCUGUAAUGAUAUUUUUGAAACUGCACGCUCUUCUAUGACUGGUCCACGGCUUCAAACUCCCAAGGGUACUUUUGUAAAAUCCAAUUCAUUCAACACCUUAAAUUACAAAACAAACGUUAAACUUGUAGAUGAAGACUUUCCUCAAAAGCAGAAGGGUGCUAGAGAACAUACCUCCAUUGAGACGAAUGACGGGCGUGCCCGAAGGAUAAGCAAAUCUAUAUCAUUUAAAUCUGCAAACUCAGGACGUACAAAUGCUGCUGAAUCAAAAGUUAAAAUGCUUUCAUCUAAAUUUACUGAUGUUGAAGAUCUAAAAGGAUCGAAACAAGCAAAAGAACGCGGUACAUUUGAAAGAAAAAAUUUUUGUAAACAGGAUCAUCCUAUGGUCAGUUCAACAACAACUAGUUCCACUGUUUCAACACCUAAGGCUGACCAAAAGUUCACGUCUCGUGGUGAAACCAGUCUGCCUUCAUAUUUAAGCAACAACCGAGAGUCAAAGGCUGUCCAGUCUGAUGGGAAAUUAAGUUUAUCAAAAGUUUACAGCAGUCUAGGUCGUAAAGGUGUAGAAAUUCCAGUUACUUCAGUUGGAGCUUCAUCUAUUAGUGGGAUGUGCAGUUCUGCUGCUGAACAAAAGUUGAAUCAAGUUACCGUUAAGGAUGAACCCUUGUCCACUCAUUCUUUGAAUGCUGGGAGACCAUCCAAUUAUGCUGAUGGAACUGUGCAAGAUGGCUUGCCUCAGUCACAGGAGAUAACAAAUCAACAUGAGAAAACUAGGGAGGGCAGUAUUCGCCCAAGGCCUACUGCUUCAAGUGCCUCCAAAAGCGUUUUCUGUCAAAAAUGUAAAGAUACUGGGCAUGCUGCAGAGUUCUGCACAAUGAGUAUCCUGCAGGAUUCUAGUACUGAUGCAUCUGCCGCAAGAAGUUCUAAAGGGGAAAAGCAUGAAGGCAAUAAAUUAAAAGCUGCAAUUCAUGCUGCUUUGCUGAGAAGGCCUGAAAUUUACAGGAAGAAAGGAGUACUUGAUCAACCUGAUGACUUGUCCGUGUCAAACACAGACUUGAAUUACAAAAUAGCUUCUCAGGAUCAAUUAUUGGUUCGGAAUAAAUCUAAGGAUAUUGUCUCGUCUGAAGGAAGUCAUGAGAGGCAAGCUAUACUUGGGAGUUCUAUCUCUGACUCUUCUAAACAGAUUACCACCAAUACUUUGAAGCAGUUUGCUUCAAACCGAACUGAUGCUUUUUUAUCCAAACUGGGGGACUCAUAUUCAACCAUUGUUUCUGUUGGAAAGCCUAGAGUAACAGAUUUCUCUUGUCAAGCUUCUAUAACGUCCGUUCUCCUGAAGACGUCAAUCGUUCCUGAAUAUGAAUCUAUCUGGCAGGGACGUUUUGAAUUGCACAGAGGUGGAAAACUUCUGGAAUUAUGUGAUGGAGUUCAAGCACAUCUAUCAACUUGUGCAUCACCUAAAGUUCUCGAAGUGGUGAACAAGUUUCCCCACAAAGUUUCCCUACAUGAAGUACCUCGCUUUAGCACCUGGCCAUCCCAGUUUUAUGAAAGUGGUGCCAAAGAAGAUAACAUUGCUCUAUACUUCUUUGCAAAAGAUCACGAGAGUUAUGAGAGAAACUACAAGAGCCUGUUGGAUAAUAUGAUCAAGAACGAUUUAGCCCUGAAAGGAAACUUUGAUGGCAUUGAACUUUUAAUAUUUCCGUCCAACCAACUUCCUGAGAAGUCACAGCGUUGGAAUAUGUUGUUUUUUCUAUGGGGUGUGUUCAGGGGAAAGAGGGUGGAUUGUACUGAUUCGACAAAGAAGUUACAUAUUCCCAGUUUGAAUGUGGUACCACUGGACAAAGAUGUUCCUGCUGCUGUGACCAUGUCCGAGAAGCUAUGUUCACCAAGGUGUAUGGAUGAAGAAUUACCAGGGUGUGACAGAUCUUGCAAUAUGGUCAUAACAUCCAAUGCUAAUCAGACUAGUGCUACAGUAAGUGGGAAUUAUGAUAAUCCUGUAACUUCCAUUGAACAGGUGUGUUCAGGAUACCAAGAAAAUUUGGAGCAGCAUGAUAGUAAACUUGACUCCAAAUCCAUUUCAAAGAUAGGAGCAAGCAGUGUGCAGUUAGGUCCAGAAAUGAGACGUAGCAGUGCAUCCUCGAAAGAGCUGAUUCUUCCGGACAGAGUGGAGGCAGAGCUUGAAACCUCAAUUCAGGUGUCAGAAAAGAGUGGCUCCAACAAUGGUGACAAGGUAGCAAUGCAUUGGGACAAUUCUUCUCACAGAGAAAAUAAGACGUCUUCGAAAAUUCUUCCCCUUAGCCAUGAGGAGGUAGGUGUCUUGGGGAAUGUUCAGGAUAGAAUGAAUGGAGUCCAGGAUCAAGUUAAAUUUGAGAGGGAACUGAUGGGAGAUGUUGGGUAUGUGGAUAGGGAGGCAGCUAUGGAGAGAGACAUGACCAAUCACCGGAAACGCCCCUACUCGGAUCUUUCAGAGACACCUCCCCAGACUUCUGGCAUGAGUCAGAGCAUGCCCUGGAAUGAAGCAAUUAGAAUGAUGGUUGAUGGAGAAAGCGGUGAUAAAAGGCUGAAGACAGGUUUUCGUGUUAUGUUUGGACAUAAAAUUUCUACAGGUAGAAAUUCUGGGAAUGAUAAAUUUACAUCUCAAACAAUUGAUCCUGGUCCCUGUUCUUCUGUUGAGAAGAAAUGUGACGAACCUUGUGACGAGAAAGUUAUUUUAGAGGAUUUGGGAAAUCAUGAAAGGUACUUUUUUCCUGUGGAUUCACAUCAAGCAAGGGAUUUUCGAUCCAGGGAGAAUUCAAUGCCUUGGGAAAAGCUCUCACCUGAUGAUGACGAUAAAUUACAUGAUGGGGUUCCAAAUCUUGAGCUUGCUUUAGGGGCUGAGACGAAGCCAGCAAGUAAAGGAAUGCUGCCUUUCUUUGUUGGGGAAGUAGGCAGCAAAUAUAACCAAGAUAAGCCCCCGGAUAAGGCGAAGGUGAAGGCGAAGGAGCAGGAUGAGGAUGAUGUCUCUGCAUCCCUCUCCCUUUCUCUCUCGUUCCCAUUCCAAGACAAAGAACUGACUGUAAAACCUGUUUCAAAAACAGAGCAGCCCCUGCCCGAAAGAAACAAUUUGAGUAACUCGAGGCUGCUUUUCGGGGGCUUCCGGGACAAAUAGAACAGUGGCAAUGUUAGCAUUAUGUACAUUAGAGUGCCCCACAUGAUUGGGGUGAAUGUGUACUGGAUCGUGCACGCUGAUCUCCCAGGGCAUCAUAGGUGAAACCUAUUUUCCAUAUGUUCAUACCAAUACAGGAUUUACCAUUUUUUUUUUUUUUUUCAUUUUGGUUAAUUUCUUGUCUGUUUUUCUUUUGAGUGCAUACCUACGACUAUCUGUAUAUAAAGAGAAUGAUAGCAGGCAGACUUAUCGAAAUUUCAGUAGGACUUUGCAAA